GCUGAUUAUAUAGAAAGUAGUUUAUGUAACCAUUUUAAGGUUUCUAGCGUGAGAGAUCUUGGCCGUGGUUUGCUUCCUCAGCUCAUCAAUGAAGUGAGAAAACAGAAUGAACAUGCUAACACCUCCAGAAAUGCACAGCAAAUAAACAGAGUUGUGUAUGAAACUGCAUUCUGCACAAACAACAGAGCAAGAGAGAUGGUAGAAUCAUCAAGAGAAGUGGGUUUACUUGGAUCACAGAGUAAAGAGAAAGCCAUGAUAUGUUUAUUAAAUGCACCUUUAUUGGAAGACUUAUCAGUCUGGUCUCAUUGGUCUCUCAUAUUUCAACCUGAACAUGGCGAUAUUAAACAGUUCAUAGAAAAAAAUACAGGAUAUAUGAUUAAAAACAAUGGAAUAUCUACAGCCUUUGACAUGUGUGUUCUAGAAACCAAACCUGGUGUUUUAUUGAAAUUAUCAACCGACUCAACACCUGAACUCUUCAGCCAGAGUGCAGAAAAUGGAGAAUCUCAUCAAACUGUUGGUCAUUUGGUUUCCAUAGUGAUUCAUCAUGGUGGUGUAACUUCAUCUCCUCUCGCAUUAUUGGCUAAUAUGAUGGAGACGGCUCUUAAUAAGUUGUGCGUCAGUAAAACCGUAGUUCAAUCAUCGACUGCUCCUGGUGCUCCUCCAUCUUAUUUUGAAGAUGAGGAUGAGAAUUAUGAAGUCAUUGCUAACUUUAUAUUACAGUGUUUGUUGUGUAUCCCAACUCAGAUCUGUCAAGCUGUGGCUCAACAGGUAAUACUAGAACCUCUGGGAAAGGUGAUUGGAGCGACUAAAUCUAAGACGCUGUUGGUAAAAUACUGUAAGUCUUGCAAGGAGACAAGCAGAUUAGAAGAAUUAGGAUUGUUAUUAGGGAUUACUGAAUGGAUUGGAACAUUUGAUAAAAAAACAUGUGAAAUACAUGCAAAACAACAGAGCACAUCAGAAGAAUCCAUAACACCAGCUGUAUCAUGUGAUGACCCCUAUUAUGAUGCUGACAUACACGGUGACAUACACGGUGACAUACACGGUGACACAGAUGGUGACACUGAUGAUGACACUGAUGAUGAUGCUGAGGGAAACAUGGAUAGUGACAUUUCAAGUGACAGUGAGGAUUUACUUACACUAGAUUCACAGUCUACUGAACCAAAAUCUGGUAGUGACAAGGUAUCACUUGAGGGCGACUUGAAGGGACAAGAUGAUGAGACAAAUGAUAUUGAUGAGGAAAUUAAUGAGGAGAGAAUUUGUGAUGAUGAUGGGAAAGCGAAGAAGAGGGUUGGUGGUGACAACGAUGAUGAUGAUGAUGAUGAUGAUGAUGAUAAUGAAGGAACAACAGACAUUGAAGAGGGAAAAAAAGACAGUGCUAAAGAUGAAGAUGAAACAAAAGAUGAAAAUGAUGCUAAACUUGAAGACAAACCUGCAGAAUUGGAAUUGACAGAAGAAGAGAAGAUCCAGCGAGAAUGUAGAGCAGUGAUUUCCGAUAUCAGACAUCAUCAGUUUGGUGUUGGAGUUGAGUUAUCCGAGGAAGCUAGUGCAUUGAUGGAAGUUUACAAAGAACGCAGUGGAAGGAGCUUAGAAAGAUUAUCAACCGAGUUAUACAGUAAAGAUACACAUUUCGUGCUGGAAUUGGUGCAAAACGCAGAUGAUAAUAACUACGAGAAUAUGGAUGACAGUCCACCUGCUUUGCGUUUUGUAAUUGAGAAGGAAUGUGUUACGGUUUUGAACAACGAAAGUGGAUUCCGUGAGAAAGACAUCAGAGCAUUGUGCGAUGUCGGCAAAAGUACAAAAGGAAAACAUAAAUAUGGAUAUAUUGGUCAGAAGGGUAUAGGUUUUAAAUCUGUCUUUCGUAUUACUGAUAAACCAGAGAUACAUUCUAAUGGAUAUCACAUGUGUUUUGAUGCCAAGAGUGGACCCAAUGGAUACAUACUACCACACUGGAUUGAUGAAAACUCCUGUGUAGAAGACACAGAGUGGAAAACAAGGAUAGUGCUUCCGGUGAAGGCAGAAACACAGGAUAGAAGAUUAUUAGCAAAUAGAUUCCAUGACAUUCACCCGUCUUUGCUAUUAUUCUUGCAUCGACUUAAGAGUAUCAGUAUCAGAAACAAGGUGAAUGGAGAAGAACACAGUAUGACAAGAACUGAUGUGGAUGAUGAUGUGAUAGAAGUACAACAUACUAAUGGUGUAGAUAGAUGGAUAGUGACUAAGAAACAACUAGAUGCAAGUAAUAUGAGCAAAGAAAAUGUGGAAUCUACUGAGUUGGCAUUAGCUUUCUUACUGCAGCAGCCAUCAUCAGGAAGUGCAAUCUAUCCACAGUCAACUCCAGAUAAACAGAAAGUCUUUGCAUUUUUACCGCUAAGAAGUUAUGGAUUUAGAUUUGUUGUACAAGGGGAUUUUGAUGUUCCUUCUUCUCGUGAGGAUGUUGAUAGAGAUAGUGCAUGGAAUCAGUGGCUUAGGGGAGAAUUACCAACUUUAUUUAUUGACGCUUUACAAACUUUCAAAAACCGUCCUGAAUUUUCUGAACUGGAAGCAAUUUGUAAAUUUUUGCAGUAUGUUCCUCUAGAAGAUGAAAUCUUAGGAUUUUUCAAACCAGUUGCUAAACAGAUUAUACAACAGCUGAAAGCCUCUCCUUGUCUACCAGCUGAUGUAUCAACAGAUGAAGAUUUGUAUGCUUGGAAAUUACCAUCAGAACUGGCAGUAACCAGAGAUCCCUUAUUAAGAGAAGUUAUCACGUCUGAUCUAUUGCAUCAUCACUUGAAUCGUUACUAUGUACAUCCAAAGAUACUGUCAUCAAUUAGUAUGCCAUUAAUCAACAUGCUUGGAGUACAGACACUGUCUAUUAAUCAUCUCAUAGACAUUGGUAAAGCCAUUAGUGCCAGCAUUGAAGGUAAUAACAUAACUAUCGGUUUUGUUGCUAAAUGGCUGGCAUGUUUACACCGUUUGAUGGAAAGUGAAUUCAACAUACCAGAAGAUGAUAUCAUUAAACAAGUCACUAAUAUCAGAAUUAUUCCCUUAUCUAAUGGCGGAUUUGUGUCCUUGUCUGAGUUCAGCGUCUUCUUUCCUGUAUCUGGUGAUGGUAGACAACAAAGCAAGUCACAAUUCAUCACAAAGCAAAGUCAUCUGAAAUACCUGGAGAGCGAUUUAAACACAGUUCCCAUGGAAUUAUUAACCUGCUUAGAUGAAGUAGGAAACUCACAAGUCCACAGUGUAUUAAAAAUACUGGGAGUGUGUGAAAUGAAACCAAGAGAAGUUAUUCACAAUCAUAUUAUUCCUGUAUUGAGAUCUGACAAGUGGCAGAAAAAAGAUCGUGAGUUGUUGAUGCAAUAUUUGAUAUACAUCAAGGAAGAGCACGAGAAAACUCCUUCAGUUUGUGACUUAGAUGAGUUGAAAACGAUUGCCAGAAUAAUUACCAACCACGGUUUGAAGAAUCCUCAUUCCAUACCUGUGCAUUUCACAACGGAUUAUGCAAAUAAAUUAAAUUUCCAGAAAGAUCUACCAGGAUAUGAUUGGGUUCUUCUUGAUAGUUGCUACUUACAGCGAAAUAAUUCACAGCAGAAUGUUUCAAGUUGGAAGUCAUUUUUCAUCAAGUUAGGUGUUCUUAACUCCUUAGCUGUGAAAAAAGAGAAAGUUGUCCUUCAAGAAAGCGAGAUUGCUCAUUCUCCAUGGGCUGCAGUCUAUAAAUUCUGGCCUAGAUCACAAGAUGGCUGCUUUUAUAUCGAAGAUUACAUUUGUGAUGAAUUCCACAGUUUAGUCACGGCUGAAAACAUCACCACUGAACAACGUCUCCAUCAGAGCCGAAUCCUCCUCAGACUUCUAGAAGAAGAGUGGCAAAGCACAUACUCUAAAUAUUUAAAUGGCAGUGUUUGCGAUCACCAUGGCAACAUAUUGAAGUCUGCACCAUCAUCAUUUAGCAUCCAUUUACAGUUGCAACCGUGGUUGCCAUGCGUUCGUUAUAGUCAGGGCAGUCGACAAGACGCUCCAGUUUACCGAUCUGGUAAAGAAACGCAUCUAUUCAGUGAAUCACUGUAUGCGUUGUUAGCUGACCAUGUCUACUAUGCGAUGACGGACAUCAAAGAAACUAAUGAACUAAUUCAGCAUUUACAAGUAAAGACAAUUGGACACAUCAACGCUGAUGUCAUCAUAAGUCACUUACAGCAGUGGUGCAGUGGAGAUGACGGAGACACUAAGACUGGUAAACCCUUCCAGACAUCACUCAAACACAUCAUGCGUGUCUAUGGGUAUUUACAACAACAAGCUAACCCGUCACAAUUAACACAACUAUUUGAAAAGUUCCCAGUAGUAUUCAUACCUGACACUCCUGAUGUAAAAUACGAUAUAUCAGUGAAUGGAAAGUUCCAUCACAAGUCAAAUGUCUAUUGGUCUGAUCCGACUGGUUUAUUUAUGAAGUACGCUGAAUCAGCUGUAACGUCGCAUAUCAAAGUGCCACAACGUCCACAGCUUCAGCAACACUACCCGGAGGAUAUUAAAUCUUUCUUCUUAGAAUCACUAAGAAUCAGUUGCACUCCAGUGAUGACAGACUACAUAGCGUUAUUGUUACAUGUCGUUGACAUUACAUCGUUACCGAACUCUACCCAGCUGCAGGAGGUGUUUCACUUAUACGCAGUCUUGGGUGAGAAGUGUCUGGACGAAUCAACUUUACAAAGACAUCAACCACAGAUAUCGCCUGCUUACAGUAAACAUCUGUCGUCUUUGAUCAGUAAAGAGAAGAUAUUCCCGACUAAAUGCAAUAAAUGGGUGACUAGUGAUGAUGCUUUGUAUAUUGGAGAUGAUCCGCAUUUGGAGUUGUUAUUCAAAGAGAAAAAUAUCCAUAUACUUGACCUUGGUGAUUCUAGAAAUCGGAAUGCUCGUAAGCAUAAAACUCAUUUGACCUACAAGAAAAAUCAUCUGAACACCUUCUUGGAGAUUUGUCAAAUACAACAUCUCAGUAAAUGUAUUGAAAAAGAAUACAUUCCUUCACUAGUGAAACCCUGUCCAGAUUUACAGACUUUCUGUCAUGAGGUUGUGCCAUACAUCCAACUGUUUCUCUCUUCUAAGCAUGAGAACGUCUAUAGUAAACUUCAAGAGUGCAACACAGCAUUGUUGUUGCAGACAAUUCGGUAUGGGCAAGUUGACCGCUUAGAAGCUGUGUAUCGCCUAAAGACCGAUGAUACGAUGAACAUUUCCGAGAAUAUAGUUUGUUGCUUGAAAGAUAAACGUGAAUUCUACAUUGUUGAUGACUUUACCCGAGAUAUUUAUACUCACCAAGAGAUUAGAAAGGAACUCGGCAAGAUGUUAAGUGAUGGUGAUAUUAAAUGCCAACAAGAUGUCCACAAUUUCCUCCGUAUGCUGAUUCCAUUUCUCCAAGGUCAGACAAUGGAAACACAGGAUGAGUUUCUCGCCAACCAAGACUUAGAUCCAGAUUUAGAUCCAGAUGAUGUGAAAUGGGAAAUACCAUGUCCAGUGCCACCACCCCCUCCCACACCACCGCCAGUCAUAAUAACGGAAACAAUCCAAGAUUAUGGUGAAGAUGUCCUAGAUGGAGAAGAAAAGGUAGUUGCUCAGCAACCACCAUUGAAUGAAGAUGGAACACCGGUAUUACAGUCAUGGCCGCCAAAAGCCCCAGCGUUUGGAUCUCAUAAAGGAGGAGUUGUUGCAGGAGCUAAAUCUGAGGCAAUAGAAGCAAGUCUAAAGAUGUGGCCACCACCAGCACCAUUGAAUGCUACACCAUCUCAAGCAGAAUCCCCUGGUGUAAAUAGUGGAAUAGUUGGUACAAGAGAACCAAGACAGAAAGCAGACAUGGAGAAUAUACAAGAUACCAAUGAACAGACAUCAGGGAGCAAAUCAAGACAGGAUGGUAACAAUGUCAAAGGUAAUACAAAUAUGGUACAGACUGGUGAAGAUGACACACCAUCAACUGUGACACGAACUUCUGCUACCAGACAAGAUUUGGCACCAAACAAUGAAGAACAUUCUGAGAGAAGAGAUGAUGAAGACAGACCAAGACGGUCACCUAGCAACGUAGAAACUCAGAAAUCUAGGGAUGUGGAUCAUGAAGAUGAAGCUCAAACAGAAAAGAGAAAACACGCAUCUGGUACAUACAGUGUUGGUGGGCAUCAUAGAAAUUUUAUCUUCUCUCAACCAUUAUGGAAAACAAGUCAAGACUUAGAUGAAGCCUUUGAGGAUCUUGGUGGUAAGGAUAUUUUGAGUAAACAGUUCCCAGAAAAUGUAACAAUUGAUGCUUGCAGAGAUCAAGAUGAAAUUGGACGAUGGGGAGAACAACUGGUUUAUAAUUUCUUGCUGCAUGAAAAAGAAAAAAUGGACUCCGAGAAUUGCCAGGUAACAGUCCGAUGGGUUAAUCAAGAAGCAGAAACUGGUGAACCCUACGAUAUUGAAAUUAAUAUCCAAGAGAAUUUAGAAACUGAAGAUGACGACACAGAAUGUCGUUCUAAAGAAUAUACUAUAUAUAUUGAAGUGAAGAGUACAAAAUCCGAGAAGAAGCAAUACUUUGAAAUGUCAUCCCAAGAGUUGGCGUUUGCACAGAAGACACAGACACAGUUCCAUUUAUAUCGCGUCUAUAACGCUGGUGAUGCCGAACGUGUCAAAUUGUGUCGUAUUCAGAACUUGGCCGAGAAGUUAGAAUGUAAAACUGUCAGACUCUGCAUGUUUAUUUGA